AUCAGUUUCUAGCUGACUAGAGAGGGAAAUGUAUCUGCUGAUCGGUUUUUUUCUGCCGCUCCUGGUAUUCACACUCUGUGGCGGCAACCAGCCAGAGCCAGGCGCACCCACACCGACCUACAUCUGGAGAGAUGACAUGACAGGGGUUUCCCUCACAUGCGACAAAUGUGCUCCUGGAACACACUUACGGAAGCAUUGCACGAAGGACAGCAAAACUGAAUGCGGACCUUGCCCAAAGUCCCACUACACAGAGAUCUGGAACUACAUUGAGCGGUGUCAGUACUGCAAUAUUUUUUGCACGGAUAAUCAGUUUGUAAGCGUGCAGUGCACCCGAUUUCACAACCGAAAGUGCGAGUGUAAGGACGGGUUUUACAUGAGACAUGGGUCAUGUUCAAGGCACAGCAAGUGUCCGCCCAGCAAAGGGGUGCUCUCGAAUGGAACAGCAUACACUGAUGUGACAUGUGAACCUUGCAGAGGGGGCUUCUUCUCUGCAGAAUCCUCCAGCAGCAAAACAUGUCAGAAGUUCACUGUGUGUGCUCCAGGUCGCACCACUAUACCGGGCGACGACAGGCAUGACGUUUACUGCUCAGCGUGUAAGAAUGGUUCAAUAACACAUGAAGAUGAAGCUAUCUGUGACGGGGAGUUGAUGGAAUUCCUGGGACUGCAGAUCCUCCCACCAAGAAAGCACAAAAGACUGAUGACUGUGCUCAUGAGGAAUGCGGGGAAAAACUUCACCAAAAAUGCAACUGUCCUAGACCUUCUCACAACUAUUAAGAACAAACCUAGCAACAACAAAUCUUUUGCUAGUCGAAUACAUGACAUCCUGGACACAGACAUGCUGCUCCAUUUAAGACGUAAAGUCAGCAAAUGGUUUCCUCAUAUGACUUCAUAGGAGUAAUAUUUAUCAUAGAAUAUAUUCUAUAUUCUAAUAUAUUGUAAAAUUUAUUUUUCACUCCAAAGAAUUCUAUUUUAUUUAGGAUUAUAUAUAUACUACCCGUGUUUUAGAACACCUACUCAUUCAAGGGUUUUUCUUGAUUUGUACUAUUUUCUACAUUGUAG